CUCUCUCUUUUGUUAUAGUCAUCAUGUCUUCUUCAUUAUACAACUUAACUGUCAAGACACUCAAAAAUACAGACUGGGAACUGGGCUCUCUUAAGGGAAAAGUCGUUCUCUUUGUUAAUGUCGCGUCCAAAUGUGGAUUUACUCGACAAUAUGCAGGUUUACAAGAACUCUAUAAUAAAUAUAAGGGUCAAGGCUUUGAGAUUGUAGGAGCGCCUUGUAAUCAAUUUAUGGGACAAGAGCCCGGGAAUUCUGAUGAAAUUCAAAACUUUUGUAAAUUGACUUAUGAUGUAGACUUUCCUCUUCUUGCUAAGCUUGAUGUAAAUGGUCCCAAUGAAGCCCCACUUUACAAAUUUUUAAAGAACUCUCAACCUGGUAUUUUUGGUUUGACUCGAAUCAAAUGGAAUUUUGAAAAAUUCUUGGUAGACAAAGAAGGCAAUGUUGUUCAGCGUUACUCUUCCUUGAUUGAACCAUCAGCUAUUGCUGGUGACAUUGAAAAGUUAUUACAACAAAAGUGACAUUGUUUUAUUAAACUUUGACAAAAGGAUUUCUAUUGAUCCUAAACUUGACA